AUGGAAAGCGAAACCCAAGUUAUUGAGAGAGAGACACCACCUCAACACUGGAGAAGUUGCAAGUUGAUUAUUGACCCCGCAUUGACAAACGGACUGUACAAAGUAUACCGUUUUGAUGGGCUGUAUUUUAACUUACCAGACUUAGGUCUGUUUCCUCUAGAUUCAGUCAGAGAUCCACGAAUCUGUCGCCUCUGGAGCAAAUCCAACAUCACUGACCUCCUGGUGCCCAAAUUCAAGGUAGAUGAAUGUUAUGUUGGCCCUGUUCCUCCCAAAGAAGUUACAUUUUCCAGGUUGAACGACAACGUGAGAGAGGACUUUUUGAGAAAUAUGUGUGAAAAAUAUGGGCAUGUGGAGGAAGUGGAAAUAUUCCACAAUCCCAAGAACAAGAAGCAUCUAGGAGUUGCCAGAGUUGUUUUUGACACAGUGAAAGCUGCAAAAGAUGCGGUUGAACACCUCAAUCAGACAUCAGUGAUGGGAAAUAUUAUUCAUGUGGAAAUUGAUACAAAAGGUGAAAACCGGGCACGUUACCUCCAGCUCCUCUUACAUGGUUUUUAUACUCCUUGGACCUUGCCAGUUGGUAGCAGCGAGCGAAAUCUUCAAACCCUAAUCGACAGUUUGCUGAGCAGCAUAACCAUACAGCGGCGGGGGAGUGUCUCCAGCCCCCUCAGUAUCAGUACACCCCUCUCUCAGGACACAGCCUACUCCAGUAUUUGGCAGGAUACACCCUGCAGUUUUGGGGUUACACCAUGGUCUCAGGGAACCCCCCUCACACCUUGCUUGUCUGCCACUCCGCUCUCCCAGGACUCUUGCUACUCCAGUCUUCAGGCAACUCCGGUCCUCCAGGGCGAGUCCUCUGCGUACAGUGUUCACAAACGCGUAAGACGAGAACUUCAUCGCAAACUCAUAAAGUAUCACAGAGGAUCCGGGGAAGUCUCAAACAAGAGCAUAGUUUUGAAGCACUUCCAGUCGCAGCCACCCCUCUCCCUCUCUGCACAAGCUGGCGGUCAGCAGCUUGCACUCACAACUCGGAGUGCACAGUCAUCUGAUCACAGCAGGGAAGUGGUCGCCACAAAGUCUAAGAUUUUACCUUUGAACUGCAACUCCUUGAGCAUCUUGAAUUUUAAUUUCACAGGUGAAAGGACGACAGCAAUGUCCUCUUCACUUGAGGAUCAUGCAUGCAUCACAGAUUCACCUCCACCUGCUGUCUUUUCCUCCAGCAGCCCUUGUCCAGAGCAGGAGAGUUUGGACUCCCGCAUUGAAAGUUUGCUGGUAAACAACCAAAUUACUGGCCCCUUGUAUUUUGAUGAAAAAGCUGUGGAGGCUGAUACCUCACAGGACAGUCCGACAUCACCUUUUUCAGAGCAUAACGCCUCUUUGUCAGAUGAGUCACUUCUUUGUACUCCAGUUUCCUUCACAAUAGGUCACCAGCACUCAUUCAAUGAUCAUGAGGAUAUCAGUAGAAAAUCCUUUCCUGAAAAUGAAGAGGAUGAGACUGCUCAAGCUGUUUCUUUUCUUACAAGAAGCUCUCAGCCUCCCAGUCCUUGUGAUUUCACGCAUUUUGAAAUCAGAGCCGGAGUAAACAAUGAGAAAGACGAAGCAAUGUUCCAGUCAUGCCUGAAGGAUCUUCACGUAUCAAACGAGGAUAAGGAGCUUUCAUCAAUUUAUUUGACACCAACAAAAGACUCCCCGGUGCCUUUGCCUCCUUCCUUAUCUUCUCUUGAUGGCAUCCCGUCGGGACCCUCGUGUCCACCAACCACCUCUUUCCCUUUCCCCCCUCAUUUCUUUCCACCAUCUCUUCCACCUGUCCCACCCCGCCUCCCCAACGGCACCAUCCCCAUUCCCCCUCCCCCUCCAGGUUGGGUUCCACCGCCAAGUCAUUGCACUGGCAUCCCUAUACCUCCUCCCCCUCUCCCCCCUCCUCCUCAUCCUCCUCCACAUAUUCUUCCCCCACCUGAUUUUCUCAGACCACCUCCACCUUUGCUGGUGCCACCUUCUGUUCCCCCUGUUGUGCACAAAUACCCUUUACCCACACAGUCUGCAGGAGGUUUGGACAGUGGGUCUCUUCCCAGACCUAGCAGUGCUACGUUACCUUUCUGCAGACCACCAUGGCCCUCUCCACCUUUUCCCAGGUUCAACCCCUUUGUGCCACCUCCAGACUUCCUGCUUGACAGAGAAAACCCUCACAAGAUGACCAUAGAGAAGGUUUUGGAAAUAAUUGUGAACGAACUGAAGUCCAUCAUAAAGAAAGACAUUAAACGGCAAAUGAUUGAAGGUCUCGCUUUUAAGGCAUUUGAAGACUGGUGGGAUUGUCAAGAAAAGAAAACUAAGGUAAAAAGGAAAAGAGAUGACAAUCUCACUACACCAGAAGAUACAGAUAAUGUGCCAUCUUCUACAAAUGAAAGUUCAGAUGUGAAACAAGGAGAUGAGACAUUAAAACCAACAUCUGAGAAAAUCAAACGGAGACAUGCAAGACCACUUGCAUUUGACAGUGAUGACGAUGAUUAUAAUAAGGAUGAUGAAAGAAAAGAUGAUGAUAAUACAAAUCAAGAUGAAGCAGUCAUAUCUGAGGAAGUGGUCACACCAGCGCCACUUCAUAAUGAUUCUCAGAAUUUGUGUAAUGGAGGUGAUCGCAUCUAUGUUAAUCAUGGUGAUGUAAACAAGACAGAUAAUAUACUCUCAGAGAAUAAAACGUCUGUCAUUUCCCAAACCGCUGAAGCAGUAACAUCGUCUGAUCAUGACUCAUUUUCUGAGUGCAGCUCUUCAGAGGAAAGCUCAUCAGACUUCGACUCCUCUGAGAGCUUCGAGGAUUCUUCUUAUUACGACCUCAGUCCUGAAGAGGAGGACAUGGAGGACGAUGGCGAGCAUGACCUGAGCAGCGAGUGUAUUGUAAUAUCAUCAGAUGAAGAGUCAAUGGAGCUUGAGCCCCCUGUCACCCCCUCGGCCCCCUUGACCCCUGGCGCUCAGCUGGAGCUGGAUCCACCGGACUGGUCGGUACCUUUUCUAAGGGAGGGAACCAAUGAGAAUGAGUUGACACCUUGUCAACAAGAUUCCUGUGAUGUAGAUGCCAUGAUGGAGCUCCAAACAACCAGCCCUCUGGACCUGCAGCUGCCAUCGCCCAUAAGACCUCCAGAGUCACACCUUAAUGUAGAGAUGCUGAGCCCUGAAUGGACUGUGGAGUUACCAGAGAACCUGAGACCUCCCACUCCGACCGGUUGCUUGGCAGAAAGUGACCCUGACCUUCUGAUAAGAAGUAAACCCACAUCUCCAGCCGUGGAGGAGGUGGAGCGCCCACACACACCAGGGAAAGGGAUAGGGACUGAACUAGAGAGUGAGGACUCCUCCAAUGAAGUCCUCUCCCUCUACCCUACAGACAGCAGACUUGUUCCAGCUCCAUCUGAUCCCCCAGCUCUGUACUCAUUAUAUCAGGAUAUGCCCAGAACUCCUGGUGCAGAGGAGAGAAGUGGGUGGACUCAGUACAGCUCUGGAAAGGCUCCAGCAACUCCAGGCAGAGAGAUGAGCAUGUCAGAAGAUAGCAUACCUAUUAGCAGCCCACCUGUUCCCUCCCUUUCCAGUAAUCCCUACAUCAGGGCACCAAAGACUCCCGGAAGAGACAUAAUUCUUCCCAGAAGAUCCAUAGUCCACAGGAGGAAGAUGCUAACAGUACCAAUGAGAGGCACUCCCAUUUCAGAGUCUUCUCCAUUCAGUCUCUCUGAAUAUUCAUCUGACACUGCUGAUGGCAUCUGCAUCAGUACAAGUGUGAAACCAAAGCCACUGCAGGGACUUGAGAAUAUGCCUGGACUUCUGGAUGAAGAGAACAGAAGAAAGUCAGAGAAGUCCUCUUUGAAGAAAAAGGAGAGGAAGAUGUUAAAGAGAAAAUGGAGAAUCCGUCAAUGGCAGAGAUCAAGUAGAAGGUUUACUGGCUCACCAUCCUUCCACAGUAGAAGACAUAGGCCUAGGUGCCGUUCACACUGUGAGGAGAAGAGAAUCCUACACAGGGUUUGGAAAGAUGGUUUGGAUGAAGAAGAUGCAAGGCUGCUCAGAUGCACAUAUGAAACGCUGCAGGAGCAGGAUAAUGGCCUUGGAUGGCUCAGCGACACACUUUGGAUACCUCACCCUCAUAUCCUUUUAAUCAGAAUACCAAAUGCUAAUUCAAUUCUGUCUGAUAAAAUCUUAGAUACAUUUAUGUGUGCAUGUGUACACAAUAUCACAGAGCUGCCAGACAAGUCUGAAGAACACAAAUCCUGGCAGCAGCACCACAGGACCGGCUCAGCUCGCAGUGAAGGUUACUACAAAAUCAGCUGGAGGGAGAAAAUAAAAUACCUCAAGAAUACAAAACCCUCAGCUGAGCUAUCAUCUACAAGCACUCAGGGACUGGGUAUCCCGGCUCAGCUUCCGACAUCUCAGCGCGCGAGUUCGGACUUCAGGUCAGAGCAGCGCCGCCUGCUGUCCUCGUUCAACUGUGAUAGUGACUUGGUCAAGUUCAACCAGCUAAAGUUUCGAAAGAAGAGGAUUUGUUUCAGUCGGAGUCACAUCCAUGAGUGGGGUCUGUUUGCAAUGGAGCCCAUAGCAGCAGAUGAGAUGGUGAUUGAGUACGUGGGCCAAGUCAUCAGACAGGUCAUUGCUGACAUGCGAGAGCAGCGAUACGAGGAGGAGGGAAUUGGAAGUAGCUAUUUGUUCAGGAUUGAUCAGGACACAAUCAUUGAUGCCACUAAAUGUGGAAAUUUGGCCAGAUUUAUCAACCACAGCUGCAAUCCCAACUGCUAUGCAAAGAUCAUCACUGUGGAAUCCCAGAAGAAGAUUGUGAUUUACUCCCGACAGCCCAUAAGCAUUAAUGAAGAGAUCACGUAUGACUACAAGUUCCCCAUCGAGGACACAAAAAUCCCCUGUUUGUGUGGAGCAGAUUCCUGCAGGGGCUCUUUGAACUGACCACUAAUGAAGUGCUCUGCUCAUUGUUUGUCAGCAGUGACAGUU